AUGGCGUUCCUUUUCAAGCGAAACCCAAAGACUCCACAGGACAUCGUGAGAGCGUUAAACGACCUGGUUCUUAAGCUUGACGUCAACAGCGACAACAACAAAAAGUAUCAGGAUGAGUGUGCACGUCUAUUGGCACAAGUGAAGGUGGUUCUACAUGGAGACGAUGAGAACGAUCCUCAGCCAGAUCAGAUUUCACACUUGGCUCAGGAAGUGUAUGCCACUGAUUGUCUCUAUACACUUAUAGCCAAUUUGAAGAAGCUCAGUUUUGAUCUGAGAAAAGAUGUCUUGAUUCUUUUCCUGACCCUUUUGCGACGGCAAAUAGCUGGGAAGUCGCCUACUGUAGACUAUCUCAUAACCCAGCGACCGGAGAUCAUCGCCAUGUUGAUCAAAGGACCAGAAUCUCAAGAAACGGGCCUUAUAUGCGGCCAAAUUCUUCGUGACUGUAUUAAAUUCGAAGUAAUCAACAAGUAUGUGAUUUCGAGCCCGUUGUUCUGGAAUUUCUUCAAAUACGUUCAUUUGCCCGUAUUUGAGAUUGCUACUGAUUCAUUCACGACUUUGCACGAUCUGUUGACAAUCCACAAAAAGUUGGUGCUGGAGUUUUUGGCCAACAACUACGACGUGUUUACGACCCAGAUCAACAAGUUAAUCCAGUCAAAUAACUACGUCACCAAACGUCAGAGCGUAAGGUUGUUGUCAGAGCUAGUUCUUCAGCGCCAGAACCAAGCAUUUCUCAACAAGUACUUUGAUGAUUCUACGAACUUGAAGAUCAUUAUGUUUCUUCUCAGUGACAAGCUGAAAAACUUGCAACUUGAAGGAUUCCAUAUCUUCAAGUUUUUUGUAGCCAAACCAAAAAAGUCACAGAAGGUGUUGGAUAUUCUUGCGAAGAACAAGGAAAACUUUAUUGAGUUCUUUAACGCUUUUGAUAUUCAUAGCUUUAAUGAUGUCAACUUGGCAGAUGAACGCGACUAUAUUCUCAUGGAGAUCCAGAAGUUACCUGAGAUAGAGAGAAUAUCAUAA